GAAGAGAGAGCAAAUGAGGAACCUCGAAUCUUUAAAAGUGGUGCUGAAAAUUUAGACCAAAAAGAUGAGCAAAGAAAGUGGUACAGAUCUAAUUUGGGGAAGAUGAACCAGGAAAUGGUCGAUGAGAUUGCUGAAUUGGAGUCCAAUAAUGGCAGCAUUGAUCAAAGACUCUUCUUGUUCAAAUCGCCUUGCCUUCUCACCUUCAUAGUUUAUAACAAAUGUACUGUCGAUGAAAAAGAGGAAGAAAAGAAAUUCAUUUCAAAGACUGCUGCUUUAUCAAUAAGUGAAGAUCAAAGGGAGAUAAGAUGUGGAGAAAACGGGAAGAGGAAACAGAAUGGGCCGCCACCGCCGCCGUAUUUGAGGGCGGCCGGAGUCUCUCUGCCGCCCAAAAGUCCCAAUGAAGAGAGUCUACUGGAUAGCAUCGCCCGGUCCAUUUCAUUCCCGGACCAUGUCCAUCCUAAGCUUCCCGACUACGAUGAAAUAUCAGCCAAAUUCAUGGCUCUAAAGAGAGAGAAAAUCCAGAAUAUUUAAAUUAAUGCUUGUAAUUAUUAGAUCCAUUUUAUAUAUGUGUCCG